UCGCCCGAGUUGAACAAAAGCCCGUGCGAAUUGCCGUUGCCGGUUCACAGCAUCUUGUGAGUUCGAUUCGAGAGGAUCAAUUCCAGAAAACCCCAACCGGCCUUUGUGUAGAGUGCUUUACGUUAAUUCUAUUUUAUUCGACAAUCAUUAAUCAGCAACAAUGGCUGCCCGUUUCGCUUGUGUCCUCUUGGCUCUAGCCAUGUGCGUCGGUCCGGUUCUGUCCUUCUCGGCCGGAGCUCCAGACACUGCUUGUGACGAUAUGGUCCCACAGCAUCACACCGACCCACAGAAGACCCCGGCCCCUUACCAGAUCCUGCUUUCGAAGAAGGGAAUCAAGUCCGGCGAAGGUGUGACGGUGACCGUCCAAGGAAACAGUGCCAAGGAUACGAUCAAAGGACUGCUGUGUCAGGCUCGAGUGGGCAACACCCCGGUUGGAUCCUUCGAUGUCCCACCAAACAACAACUACAUCCAGACCGUGGACUGCGGUAACUCCAAGUUGUCGGCUGUCACUCACAAGAAGAUCGCGACCGCCCCUCAGAGCAUCUCCUUCAACUGGGUCGCCCCGAAGGGACUGAGCGAGAACGUCAAGAUGACCUGUACCAUCGCUCUGAACGGAGGCGUCUUCUGGGUCCAGGAAAAGUCCACCGACCUGAAGGUCAACUAAGUCAAGCCAAAAGUCAGUAUGAGGUGACGAAGGGCUGAUGUGAAGGAGUUUAUUUUUUUUUGUUCGUUAACAUUUUGUUUGACCAUAAAUGACGAGUGAAAGUGACCUUUUUUAUACACCUUUCAUGGAUUUGCUGUUUGAAACAGAAAUAUGUACUUAAAUCGACUAUCAUUCAGACAUUACAAUAUUUUAUUUUCGCGUUUACCAUGAAUCGAUGCAAUAUUUGUACUCAAAGUUUAGACAAUAAAUUGUGUUCCAUAAAUGUAAAGAA